UUAACUCCGCCUCACAUUCGCAAUACUGCGCAAGCGAUUAUAGUCCUCAAGGUAUAACUGCAGAUUUGUCGCCGAUCGUGUAAACAACUCUUUUGUGUCUAUUAUAUUAUAUGGUAUUCGGGUUAACUAAAAUAAAUUAUAUUGUUAGGCCUCUACAAUAGCGCAAGUACUGAAUUAAAUUAUGCUACACUGAUAUUGUAAACAAACAAAUAUGAAUUCGAAUAAAGGUUCAAAGUACCGAAAAUACAAACCUGCUGUAGGUGAUAAAGCAAGGGAGACUUUAGAAAACAUUGAUGAAUCUAACCCUGUUAUAAAAAUGUUUCGCGCAUUUAGUGCCGAAUUGGAUGAAAAGCAUGACAGAUACGAAAGAAUAGUGAAACUCAGCAGAGACAUAACCAUAGAAAGCAAAAGGAUAAUCUUUUCGUUGCACAAUGUUAACAUAGAACUUGAAAGCAAGAAGGCUACUCUGCUGAAAGACAUAGAGAGCAGAUUGGAUGGACUAAUAGACACCAAUUUUAAAAUGAUUGCUUUGGAGUUGAAGGGACACGAUCCUUACAUGUAUCACAAGGCAUUUACAGGUGGUAUACAGGAAUUCAUCGAAGCUUAUACAUUCUAUCAAUUCAUAAAAAAUGAAAGUAUAGGAGAUUGGAACUCUUUUAAUAAUUUGUUCCAAUACAAAGACGACGAUAACGGGGAAUUUAGUUUAUUGUUCACUCAACUGGAUUUUAUUUUGGGAAUUGGUGAUUUAACUGGAGAAUUGAUGAGAAGAUGUAUUAAUGUUCUAACAGGAGGGAAUGUUGGUGAAUGUUCAAAAAUGUGUAAUUUUGUUAAGGCAAUUAAUACUGGAUUCCUGGGAAUGGUAAACACUGGAUAUAAAGAAAUUGGUAGAAAAGCUUAUGUUUUAAGACAGAGUUUAUCUAAAAUGGAACUUGUAUGCUAUAAUCUUGAAAUCAGGGGACAAGAAAUUCCAAAACACAUGUUAUUAAAUGUAAUAGAGUCUUCUGAGGUUGAAGAGGAUGAAGGAUUUUUUUAGAAAUAUAUUUUUAAUAAUCUUCACACAAA